AUGGCAGACCUGGACGCGCUGCUGGGGAUCGAGGAGGAGGAGAAGCAGGCCGCGCAGGAAGCGGCAGCGAAGGCGGAGGCGGACAGCGGUGUGAAGGUGCAGAUCGACGCCAGCGUGCUGCGCCAGCUGGCGGAGGCGGAGGCGGCGCGCGCCGAGAAGCUGGGCAGCGCCGCCAGUAGCGGCGAGAUGCAGACGCGCAUCGCAGACUCGAUUGAGAGGAUUGUGGAGCAGGCUAAGAAGCUGGCUGAGGAGCAGGAGGGCAAGGGAGCGGACAAGACGCUGGGGGAGCAGGCGGUACGGCAGGAGCUGGCCAACCUGUACACGGUGAUGGCGUGGUCUAAAGGGGUGGACCCCGAGGAUCUUAAGAAAAUCAAGGAACAGGUGUUUGGCGCGACUUCGUUCUGGGUGACCGAGACGCGGCCGCUGGCGAUGCAGACGCUGGAGCUGGGGGUGGUGGUGCGCGGCAACCUGCGGGGCAAGCGCGAGGCGGUGUUCCGGGAGGUGUGCGACAAGGUGGCGGCCAUGUUUGGCGACAAGUACGUGGUGCGGCUGGUGGAGGACACAGACUCAAUGAUGGAGGAGCUGCAGAUGGGUGGUCCCUCCGGUACCGCCGACGGCACCGCCCCCGAGCCGCGCGUGCAGUUUGAGAUCCUGCCCGCCGCCGCCGCGCAGCCCGCGCCGGUGCUGGGCUGGCAGCGCGUGGCGGCAGGCGUGCUGCUGCUGCUCACGCUGGGAUCCACGCUGCAGUUCGGCCUGGCCGCAAACAUCGGCCUGCUGCCAAAGGAGACGCUCCAGUGGCUGGCCAACCCCGCCAACCUCAACACGGACCUGCUGCCGCCCGGGCUGGAAAGCUACGACCCGCUACCCUUCCUUUCCUCCACGGGCAACGUGUUCAUGGUCACGCUGCUGCCCCAGCUUGUGCACGAGGUGGCGCACGCGGUGGUGGCGGGCAGCCGCGGCAUCAAGCUGGCCCCCUCCUUCCUCAUACCCAACUCCCAGCUGGGAACCUUUGGCAGCGUGACGCAGCUCAAGUCCAUGGUGCGCACCCGCACCGACCUGUUCGACCUGUCGGCGGCGGCGCUGGCGGCGGGGGGGCUCACCUCCAUGGCCCUCCUCCUGGAGGGGCUGGCCGCCUCCCACGGCGGCGCAGCGGCAGAGCCCGGCCUGCUGCCAGUGCCAGCGCAGUUGUUCCAGGGCAGCCUGCUGUUGGGAGGCAUCGCCAAGCUGGGGCUGGGCAGCGCAAGUCUCGAGGAUCGGUGGCACAUGCUUGACAAGAGCCAGUUCACGGUGCUCAAGCUCUAUCGCGACUGCCUGCGCCUCGCCGACUACAUCAGCACGCAGGGUGGCAACCGGCGGGUGCUGCGCGACCAGGUGCGGCAGGCGUUCAAGAAGAACAAGGACGAGACCGACCCGCAGAAGAUUGAGGAGCAGAAGGAGGCUGCUGUGCGUGGCCUCUCCAACUACAUGUUCCACGAGGCCCAGCGCCUGGCCAAGGAGGAAGUGCAGCAGGGCAACGACAGGUUCGACGGCUGA